AACAAGGGCCUACGAUACGUCUGGGAGCAAACAGUUCCCCUAUUCCGAGCACCUUUAGUUGGUAACACAUUACGAGCGUCUUUUCUCAUGUUCGGGCUGUUUAUGUCCUCCUCGGGACUGUUCAUGUGGAUUCCGGACAUAUUGAACACCUACGUCAACUACCAGGAUGCCAAGGUCACCAUCUGCGAUGUGGUGGAAAUAAUUCAAAACAACAGAACCAAAAUGAAUUCACAGGAAAUGCAUACCAGUUGUCCUGUGAGUAUCGACGCAUCUAUUUUCAUGAUAACCACUAUCAUGGGGAUCUUGUUCCUGGCCUGUUACAUUCUGAACGGAGCUGUUAUUAACAUAGUAGGAAAGAAGCUGCUAUUAAAUAUUUGGUACGUGGCGUGUGGCGCGUGCGGCGUCGCCGCGCUGUGGACUUCCGAUUUCUACCUGACGCUGCUGGUGAUCGUGGUUUUCCUCGCCGUUGGUUGCUGCGGAUCGGUGCUCAGCGCCAUAUCGGUUGAUCUAUUUCCAACUAAUUAUCGGGCAAUGGCGCUCUGUCUGAUACUGAUGACCGGCCGGCUCGGAGCGAUGAUCGGCAGCAACGUGGUCGGAUUUCUGCUCACCCACAACUGCGAAAUGAUCUUCACCCUGCUCGGGGGGCUGCUGAUCGUUUGUGCUGCAAUUGGAACGACCUUACCGGGAGCAUGAUGUACCAUAAAACGACGAUCUUCCCACCGACUCAUCACAUCUCCGUCGGCCAUCUCAUCAUCCAACUUGACCACUCAUGAUCGUCACCGGACAACAUAGUCAAUCAACUUACACAACGGGGCGACGGAGGUGCGCCAACUUACCGCAACGGAACAUAACGAAAACACAUUGCCAAUAGAAAUAAGUAUAUUCGUUCCUUUGCGGAAAGCAGGUUGUCGGACUAGAAAGCCCCCCGGUCAGCAUCAUCCAUCGCAUCAUAGCCGCGCUAUCGGUUUAUCUGCCAAUAAAAUUGCAUAAAUAAUUAGCUCCGUGAAAGGCAAAGAGCUGUCGAUUAGGAAGGAGAGGUUAAGCAUGAACCGGAAAGCGCAAUCAUCGGCCGAUCAUCGACUAUGUAUGUACACAUGAAAAAUCAUCCUAUUAAGACGUUAUUUUAUGAACCACCACACGCGGUCGAUCAGCCGCGCGACGGUGGCCGUCGAUCAUAGGUGAUCGCGAUCAUAUUGAGGAGAUCGUUCCUGCAGAACCGAGGGCGAGCAUCGAUGUCGUAAAUCAAAUUUAUGAGACUUGAUUGGUAGCACCGGUGGUUAGAUAUGAUAUUAUGAAGAUAAGAUGGAAGCAUUUAACAGUAAGGAGUCAUCAGAAUCAAACAUUAUCUUUUUUACUACAGCCAAAGUGCAAAUCAGUGCUUGCAUUACAUUUUAUUUGUAUAAUAAAGCUUGGUUAAUCGUUUUUACAUCAAA